AUUACAGCCAUUUGACGUCAUUUUGAGAAGUUCACUGGAUGAUUAUUUUUGCUAAAAACGUUGCCAAUUUCAACCAUUUUAUGCGAAAGACCUAUAUAUUGUAUUCUUAUGACUCUCUGUGUGAUACGGCCGUUACAAUCUUCGUAAGGGAAAAAUGAUUCGACUGAUGAUUGUCGCCCUAGCGGUGGCCCUAGCGCUGCUUAUAACGACUCCAUGUGCGGAGGGCUGUUCCUGCACACAACGGGAGCCCGUGGAUUUCUAUUGCAACAUGGACUACGUGGCCCUUGUUCAAGUCCGGAAUGUAUCUGAACCCUUCUAUGAGGAUAUCAUGGAACAAGGUCCUCGGCAAAAUCCAGUGUAUGAUUAUAAAGUCGAUGUUCUGCAGGAUAUAAAGGGUACAAUCUACUCGAAUCCUUUGCUUACCUGGAAACCUUUGCUUCAAGCCCGGAGUAACUCGGGGUUGUGCGGUGUCACUUUUUUACCUGAUAAAGUUUAUCUCAUCAUGGCCGACUUUGCAGACAACAUGAAGCCUUGGGAAGAUGGACUAGUUCUCACUUCUUGGUCGUGCGCUUUCAACCGUUACAUCGACAUCUCAAAUCUACAGGUGGCCAGUGCCGAGGUUCAGUCAAUAUUGUCCUUUCUACUAAGCCGCAAUUUCACGUGUGAAAAUGUCGCUGAAAAACGUACGCUCGCCAAGUUCUUCGCACAGAGGUCACAUUCAACACUGGAAAAAGAUCUUGGGGAUUUGUCGGCUUUGCAAGAAAAGGCUAGGAAUACCCAAACAGACCUGCAACGGAAUGUCGAUGCGCAGGCGGGAACAGACAGGCUGCGCAAACUUCUCAAGGCUGCGUUUCAGAAGUAAAACGGUGGAAGAAAAUAGAUCGGAAAACUGGACUGUUUAUCAAACACAUGCAUUGUUUGAUUUGUAAAUAAAUAAGUAUAUGUACAUAAAGCAAUAUCCAAGAA